UGUUAUUAUCGUGUGCCAUAUCAUCGAAAAAUAGAAAAGUAAUUUUAUUUCAUUUUUCAUAUUUUUGGAAAUUGCUUUAAAAUGGCAAGUAUUUAUGCUGAGAGAAAACCAAGCGAUCGAGCCAAAUGGAUUUGUAUUUAUCCUGCAUAUAUAAACAACAAGAAAACUUUAGCCGAAGGACGUGUGAUCCCAAAGAAGUUUGCAGUAGAGAAUCCGACUUACCAAGAAAUCCUCGAAGUAGUUAAAGCCACUGGCUUUAAUGCCGAAGUGGAAAACAAACAGUAUUCGCGGGAAUGUAGCAAAGAAUGGGCGUUUAGGGGUCGCAUACGACUUCAGCUUAAAAAUGAUGACGGAACACCUUUUAACGAAACAUUCCCUACACGUGUAAGUAUAAUGAAACACUGUGGAGUACAAAUUCCAAAACUGAAAAGUCGGGUUACAAAAGCUAGUGGACCGGAGCAAAACCAAUCCAAAAAUGAAGCCGGUGGAAGCAAAAAAAAAAAGGGUCGCAAGUGAUCGUAUGGUCUUACUACAAUAAAAUAAUUAUAAAAAUUUAAGCAAAUUUGUUUUAAUAAAAAUUGUAUGCAUUGUAAAUUUUGUUUAAAAAAAAAUACAAUUAUUUUAAGUUUCUAUUUUA